CAUGGCCUCGCCGACCAGUUCACACGCUGCCCCGUUCCUGCAGUACCAUGAGCCCGAGAUCGUCGACAUGCUGAUCCUGGUGUCUUUUUUUACCUUUCUAUGGAUAUCAGAGUACGUUUCGGCCAAGCUGAUUCGUGCCGGUAUCAUUGGGCCGAUAGCCGUGGGCAUCGUCUACGGCCAGCCCUUGGCCGACAUCCUGCAUCAUGAUUGGGCCGAGACGUUUCUGUAUCUUGGCUACAUUGGUCUCAUCUUGAUCAUCUUCGAGGGCGGCCUGACGACAAGACUGGAUCUGCUCAAGGCCAACUUUACCCUGUCCAUCUGCGGUGCUGCCACGGGUGUCCUGGCCCCCAUUGGUUUCAGCUACCUGCUCCUCUAUCUGGCCUUUGGCUACGGCCCAGUCGAGACCUUCAUCAUCGGCGCUGCACUGAGUGCCACCAGCCUGGGCACCACUUUUGCCGUCAUAGCAGGGGCAUCCAAGGAUGUCGACCUCAGCCAGACCAAAGUCGGCGCUGUCCUCGUGAGCGCCGCUGUCAUUGACGACGUGACGGGCCUCGUCAUGUCCAGUGUCAUUCACGACCUCGGAGACAUUGCUUCCGGCGGCAACGUAAACUUGGGAUGGUUGAUCGGCCGUCCUAUUGUCGCUUCUGCUGCCAUGGCAAUCCUGACUCCUGUCCUUACCAAAUGGGUAUUCGCACCCUUUUUCCGCACGUACAUCGAGAGGCACUUCCACCGAUACGACCAUUUGUCCAAUAUCAUACUCAUGAUCCUUGUCUUAUCAGCCUUCCUUUCUAUAGCCUCCUACACCGGAACCUCUGUCUUGUUCGGGGCUUUCCUUGCCGGCGCCUUCUUGACCUAUCUGCCCUCGACGCACCCAGAGGGUCCGUUUGUCGUCAUGUCGCGAGAAGAGGGCGAGCGCUCAAUGGACAAGAGCCCGACAUUUGUACACACUUUCGAGUGCUACUGCUUGGACGCUCAGCAGUACGUGCUCGCUCCGUUGUUCUUCGCCAGUAUCGGCUUCGCAAUCCCUUUUCUCGACCUCUGGACCGGUGAAGCCAUCUGGAAGGGUGUCGUUUACACUUUGCUUAUGCUGGUCGGCAAAUGCAUUGUAGGCAUGUGGAUACCCAUCUGGUCGCUUGCCAAGCACGACCCCCAAAAAGCACAACAAGCACAUGGCCAGGAUUCGGCGGCCGAGAGCGGCCGAUUGGAAAAAUCACAUUCUUCACCCUGCUCCCCCACACGCAAAGCCGUGCUCAAGCGAGCCGUCUCUCCAGCCGUCCUGCUUGGCAUGGCCAUGGUGGCUCGAGGCGAGAUUGGCCUUUUGAUAGUUGAAAUCGGCUACAACAACACUCCCUAUGUCUCAGCUGAAGGUUUCAUCACGGCCAUUUGGGCCAUUUUGCUCAAUACUAUCAUCGGCCCCAUCUGCGUUGGACUCAUCGUCAGGUCCAAAGGUGGAGAGAUCGGCGACGGUCCGUGGGGAAUUGUUCCCGGCCCCAACCACGCCAUUGAAGAAGAAAUGCGUAGACGCCGGCAAUCUCGCCUGGAUGCUCAGAUGCAAGAGGAAGGCGAAGCCAGAAUGACUGCGCAUCGCAACAGUCAAAUGCAGAGAACGCCAAUGAAUUAAUGUUCCGGUGAGUAGCGACAAGCUAGGGCUGCAUAUACACACGACUAGACCAAGAAUACGCGCGUACUGUUGGGAUAUGCAAACCACGUACAUGUAUGUAUUCUAUGUAGAUAAAUGAGAGC